AUGAGGUCGCCACAGAAUGUGUUCCGAGCUAAAUUCUCAGCGAUAGGCGAGAAGGACAUUCGGCAGGCGAUGGCUCGGCUGGGGCCGCCCAACGAGGCGGAGGCCAAGGCAGUGGAUGCGAGGCAGGAGAUUGACCUGAAAGUGGGCGUGGCGUUCACCCGGUUCCAGACGCGCUUCUUUCAAGGGAAAUACGGCAACCUCGACUCGUCGCUCAUCUCGUACGGUCCGUGCCAGACGCCCACGCUCGGCUUCUGCGUCGCCCGCCACCAGCGCAUCACGUCGUUUGUCUCGGAGCCCUUCUGGGCGGUGCGGCCAAUCGUGGUUCGCGACGGCCGCCAGCUGGCGCUGCAGUGGGCGCGGGGGAGACUGUUCGACAAGGAGGUUGCAGAGUUCUUUCAGAGGGAUGUGGCGGCAGGCGGUGCUGCGGUUGUGAAGAGUGUUGCAAUGAAGGAGGAGAGGAAGGGGCGACCUACAGGGCUGAACACGGUGGAGAUGCUGAAAGCUGCGUCCAGUGGGCUGGGCAUGGGGCCGCACCACGCCAUGCAGAUCGCUGAGAGACUUUACACUCAGGGUUACAUCAGCUACCCUCGAACGGAGUCAACAGCCUACCCGUCCUCCUUUGACUAUAAAGAAGCCCUUUCGAUACAGUCAUGGCAUCCCAUAUGGGGGGAGUACGUGCAAUCUCUGCUGCAGCUCGGGCCCUCGCCGCCCAGGGCGGGGAAAGACGAGGGAGACCACCCGCCCAUCACGCCCAUGCGCGCUGCGGACGAGGGGGAGCUGGGCGGCGGGGAUGCGUGGCGGCUGUAUGACCUUGUAACGAGGCACUUCAUAGGGAGCUUCAGCCCUGACUGCAGGAUCGCAAGGACACGUGUCACCUUCUCAGUGGCUGGAGAGCACUUCUCAGCAUCGGGACGAAAGCUGAUAUCUGCAGGAUUCACUGCAGUCAUGCCGUGGCUGGCGGUGGGGGACGAGGGGCUCCCCGCCUUCGUGCAGGGGGAGAGCGUUGCACUGAGUGCCGUGGAGCUGUAUGAGGUAAUAUGUGUCAUGCAGUGGCUGGCCGUGAGAGAUAAGGGGCUCCCAACCUUCGUGCAGGGGGAGAGCGUUGCACUGAGUGCCGUGGAGCUCUAUGAGGGCCGCACCUCCCCACCUGACUACCUGACUGAGAGCGAGCUGAUUGGGCUGAUGGAGCGACACGGCAUCGGCACUGAUGCGUCCAUCCCCGUUCACAUCAACAACAUCUGUGAACGGAAUUAUGCACAGGUGGCCCCAGGUCGUAAGAUUGUACCCACAACCCUCGGCACCACACUCGUGCGCGGGUACCAGCAGAUCGAUCCGGACCUUUGCUUGCCGGACAUCCGACGGUUCAUAGAGCAGCAGAUCACGCUGAUCGCGCAGGGCAAGGCGGACCACGGCAGGGUGGUGACGCUCGUGCUGCAGCAGUUCUUCGAGAAGUUCAAAUACUUUGUCAGCCAGAUCGCUCGCAUGGACUCCCUCUUUGAAGCCCAUUUCUCCCCUCUCGCCGCCUCGGGAAAGCCCAUGGGUCGCUGCGGCAAGUGCGGGCGGUUCAUGCGCUUCGUACCGCUGAAACCAACACGGCUCUUCUGCCCCACCUGUGAAGACAUCUUCAACCUCCCUCAGAAUGGCGCCAUCAAGCUCUACAAGGAGCUCACCUGCCCGCUCGACAACUAUGAACUGGUUCUUUACUCUCUGCCCGGACCAGAAGGGAAAACGUUCCCUCUCUGCCCGUACUGCUACAACCAUCCUCCCUUUGAAGACCUGGGAAAGCCAAUCACUCCCGCUGCCAGCACCGCUGCCUCCUCCAAACCUGCUGCCGAGUCUUCUUCCGGACCUACCUCCCAAGCCUCCUCUAGGACAGGCUCCUCAGUCUUCUCUGGCAUGGCCUGCACGAGCUGUCGCCACGUGUCGUGCUGCCAUUCACUGUGCCCCUAA